ACAGAAUUUUGUCUUAACAUUCAUUUUUUCUGGUAUAAAAGAGCGAUUAGUAAAGUUUUCUAGCAUUCAUUGACUUCAAGUGGACCUAAUUAAACACAACAUGGACUUCAGCACUGCAUGCGAAAAAGCUAAGGCCUUCACCAAGCGCCCAACCGAUGAAGAGUUCUUGGAAUUCUAUGGUCUCUUCAAACAAGCCACAGCUGGAGAUAUCAAUGUUGAUAAACCAGGUGCAUUGGACUUGAAGGGCAAAGCUAAAUGGGAUGCAUGGAACAAACACAAGGGCUUGUCACAAGAUGCAGCCAAAGCCGCCUACAUCGCAGUCUAUAAGAAAUACGCACCCAAAUACGCUUAAAUUUAUACUUGUAUGGAUUAAAUAAGUUAUAGAACAAAUUUAAAAAUAAAAAAAAUUCAAAAAUAA